GAUCCAGUGUCCCGAUUCCUACAAUACAUCACCGUCACGACGUCGUUAGAUCAGUUCCACCACACCGAUAAAUCCUACUCGUGACACCAGACAAUCACAAUCCACUUCACACACAGCUAAUCGCCACAACUGGCCCCACCAUUCCCCUCUGCAUAAAUACCUAAAAAUCUCCCCGUCCUUACCGCACCGGAUCCAACCCCUAAACAACACAAUGGCGAGAGUAGAUCUCGACGGAAACGUCAUAAAGCCCAUGACGAUAUGCAUGAUCGGUGCCGGAGGAUUCAUCGGCUCGCAUUUGUGCGAGAAGUUGAUGUCCGAGACGCCGCACACGGUGUUGGCUGUUGAUGUCUAUAAUGAUAAGAUCAAGCAUCUGCUUGAACCGGACUCGCUUCCCUGGAAUGGACGUAUUCAGUUUCAUCGGUUGAAUAUUAAGAAUGAUUCUCGCCUUGAAGGACUCAUUAAGUGCUCCGAUCUGACUAUAAAUCUGGCGGCUAUUUGCACUCCAGCAGAUUACAAUACCCGUCCUCUUGACACAAUCUAUAGCAACUUCAUUGAUGCACUUCCUGUGGUUAAGUACUGUUCAGAGAACAACAAGAGGCUCAUUCACUUCUCCACAUGUGAGGUGUAUGGGAAAACGAUCGGUAGCUUUCUUCCCAAAGACAGUCCCUUACGUCAGGAUCCUGCUUACUACAUUCUCAAAGAAGACACUUCCCCAUGCAUUUUCGGCUCAGUUGAGAAGCAGAGAUGGUCAUAUGCAUGCGCUAAACAGUUGAUCGAGAGGCUUAUUUAUGCUGAGGGUGCAGAGAAUGGUCUUGAGUUCACCAUAGUAAGACCUUUCAAUUGGAUUGGCCCUAGGAUGGAUUUCAUUCCUGGGAUUGAUGGUCCCAGUGAGGGUGUUCCAAGGGUUCUCGCAUGCUUUAGCAAUAACCUCCUAAGACGGGAGCCUCUGAAGCUUGUGGAUGGUGGAGAAUCACAAAGAACCUUUAUUUACAUCAAGGAUGCCAUCGAAGCUGUUCUUUUGAUGAUUGAAAAUCCAGCCAGAGCUAGUGGUCACAUCUUCAAUGUAGGCAACCCUAACAAUGAAGUUACAGUCAGACAACUUGCUGAAAUGAUGACUCAGGUGUAUUCAAAAGUAAGCGGAGAAGAUGCAAUAGAGACUCCCACCAUUGAUGUCAGCUCCAAAGAAUUUUACGGGGAAGGUUAUGACGACAGUGAUAAAAGAAUUCCAGACAUGACCAUCAUAAACAAACAACUAGGUUGGAAUCCAAAGACAUCGCUUUGGGACUUGCUGGAAUCAACACUUACAUACCAACACAGGACAUACGCCGAAGCUAUCAAGCAAGCAAUUGCAAAACCAUCAGCAAAUUAAAAGCACAAAGUAAGGAUUCUGGUUCUCAUGUGGUAGUAAAGUGUCUUCUCAAGGUGUGAGCUGCAUCCAUCUGUAGCUGGUGUUUUUGUUCUUUUUCAAAGACCUUAAUGAAUGAAUAUCUGUUUGGUUCAUAUACAGACCUUUUUUUUUGUUCUCAUGUCAACAGUAGUUGCUAAUACUUCUAACGUCUAGUAGAAACUACCGAGGAACUCUGCCUGUGUACAACCGGAUUGGCCACAUAAUAAUUCGGUUUAUUGUUCAUCUAUUUCUUUUCCUGCAAAGGACCGAGUCCGAGUGUGUUGUAUUCUUUUGUUUUAGAGAUUGUCUAGACAUUGUGCUAUUAUAAUUUAUUAUUUAUUUGAUAUUGUUC